ACUGGCUGGCGGGUCAGUCGUGGCCCAGAAGUCGUCAGUGACGGACGCGCCGCUGCCGCUAGCUGCCAUGGCCGCCCUCUCCUGCACCACCCAUGGUGAUGUGCUGCCUCCACCCACCAUGGCCGCCCUCUCCUGCACCACCCAUGGUGAUGUGCUGCCUCCACCCACCAUGGACGCCCUCUCCACCACCACCCAUGGUGAUGUGCUGCCUCCACCCACCAUGGCCGCCCUCUCCUGCACCACCCAUGGUGAUGUGCUGCCUCCAGCCACCAUGGCCGCCCUCUCCUGCACCACCCAUGGUGAUGUGCUGCCUCCACCCACCAUGGCCGCCCUCUCCUGCACCACCCAUGGUGAUGUGCUGCCUCCACCCACCAUGGCCGCCCUCUCCUGCACCACCCAUGGUGAUGUGCUGCCUCCACCCACCAUGGCCGCCCUCUCCUGCACCACCCAUGGUGAUGUGCUGCCUCCAGCCACCAUGGCCGCCCUCUCCUGCACCACCCAUGGUGAUGUGCUGCCUCCACCCACCAUGGCCGCCCUCUCCUCCACCACCCAUGGUGAUGUGCUGCCUCCACCCACCAUGGCCGCCCUCUCCUGCACCACCCAUGGUGAUGUGCUGCCUCCACCCACCAUGGCCGCCCUCUCCUGCACCACCCAUGGUGAUGUGCUGCCUCCACCCACCAUGGCCGCCCUCUCCUGCACCACCCAUGGUGAUGUGCUGCCUCCACCCACCAUGGCCGCCCUCUCCUCCACCACCCAUGGUGAUGUGCUGCCUCCACCCACCAUGGCCGCCCUCUCCUCCACCACCCAUGGUGAUGUGCUGCCUCCAGCCACCAUGGCCGCCCUCUCCUCCACCACCCAUGGUGAUGUGCUGCCUCCAGCCACCAUGGCCGCCCUCUCCACCACCACCCAUGGUGAUGUGCUGCCUCCAGCCACCAUGGCCGCCCUCUCCUCCACCACCCAUGGUGAUGUGCUGCCUCCAGCCACCAUGGCCGCCCUCUCCACCACCACCCAUGGUGAUGUGCUGCCUCCACCCACCAUGGCCGCCCUCUCCACCACCACCCAUGGUGAUGUGCUGCCUCCACCCACCAUGGCCGCCCUCUCCUCCACCACCCAUGGUGAUGUGCUGCCUCCACCCACCAUGGCCGCCCUCUCCUGCACCACCCAUGGUGAUGUGCUGCCUCCACCCACCAUGGCCGCCCUCUCCUCCACCACCCAUGGUGAUGUGCUGCCUCCACCCACCAUGGCCGCCCUCUCCUGCACCACCCAUGGUGAUGUGCUGCCUCCACCCACCAUGGCCGCCCUCUCCUGCACCACCCAUGGUGAUGUGCUGCCUCCACCCACCAUGGCCGCCCUCUCCUGCACCACCCAUGGUGAUGUGCUGCCUCCACCCACCAUGGCCGCCCUCUCCUGCACCACCCAUGGUGAUGUGCUGCCUCCACCCACCAUGGCCGCCCUCUCCUGCACCACCCAUGGUGAUGUGCUGCCUCCACCCACCAUGGCCGCCCUCUCCUACCACCACCCAUGGUGAUGUGCUGCCUCCACCCACCAUGGCCGCCCUCUCCACCACCACCCAUGGUGAUGUGCUGCCUCCACCCACCAUGGCCGCCCUCUCCUGCACCACCCAUGGUGAUGUGCUGCCUCCACCCACCAUGGCCGCCCUCUCCACCACCACCCAUGGUGAUGUGCUGCCUCCACCCACCAUGGCCGCCCUCUCCACCACCACCCAUGGUGAUGUGCUGCCUCCAGCCACCAUGGCCGCCCUCUCCACCAACCAUGGCGACGUUCGACAGUUCUUCAGCUCUGGGGAGUGGCAGAAUCUGGCGCCCAUCGAGAAGACCCGCUACGAGAACCUGUAUAAGGGCUACUGCCUCCAGAAGGAUUUGGGGAUAAAUGUGAAGGUGCCGAGCUUCAUGGUAAAGUUGACAGAAGGUCAGCAACAAAGAGGCUCCCGUCAUCAGAGACAAAGUUGCAACGGUCCGUCACAAGUGAUGCGGGAACGUCAUCACAGAAGGUGUACUGGAACACUGCCCCGAGGUCAACGGAAGAGGUCAUCAACUGACGACGACGAUGACGACGACGACGAGUGGACUCCUGAGGUUGAAACUCGUAGUGCAAUAACCAGGUCAAUCAGACCAGUCUUAUCAGUUAAGUCAAGAUUUGUGGUGCCUAGGACAGUGGCAGAAAAAGAUACAAGUAUGACACCAUUUGUGAGAGCCAUGAGGGGAGGCGGUGGGCCGAGGACCACACGUCACCAGGAAGGCCAGACAGCGUUCAUAAUGAACCAUUGGCGGCACAAGGGACCUCCACCAGCACUAUCUCACAACUACACCAAUGAUGCCCCUCUUAGCACCAGCCAGGAGUACAUUGUCAACCUUGGUCUCUGGAUGACGGCCACACUCCAACCUUUCUCGCGGUUUGGCGUCAAAGUUGUGCCGACAGAAGACGACAGUUGUGAGGCAGCAUCACUGAGAAUGAAGUCACCACACAAGGCAGAACAGGUGCACCAUGGGAACAUGUUGAUGACCUCUGACGACAGUGAUCACGUGAACAACUCUACAGUAAAACGCUUUAAAAAAUCACAUUUUACUGCCGGACAUUCCAGGAAUGAAGAACGUGUACUUGCAACUUGUCAGCCAGUCUCUGUAACUGGCUUGUAUAAUACAUCUUCCAUAGAAGGAUGUGAGAACUGUGGUCAGGAUUGGCAAGAAGAAUGUCCGCUCCAUCCAUUCAUCCUUAUCUUAGAUAACCCGGUAUUGCGUGAUGGUAGUGUACAGGAUCGUGCUCGACUGACCACACCUUGGCCACUAAGUAUCUGUCCCUCCAAACUAAAGGAUGCUGGUUUGGGUGUUUGGACCAAUGCUGAACUUACCCCUCGUCUUGUGUUUGGUCCGUAUGAAGGUCGCAUCCUCAACAAUGUACAGGAAGGUCACGAGUCUGGUUAUGGUUGGCAGCUUCGUGGCCAAGGAGGUGGGAGAACAUGUGUGGAUGGGGUUGACGCCAGUGUCAGUAACUGGAUGCGUUACGUCAACUGCUCCACCAGCCAGAUGGAGGCAAACCUCGCCGCCUUCCAGUACAAGAGACAGAUUUACUACAAGACUAAAGGCAAAAUAAACAGAGGUGCAGAGCUAAUGGUGUGGUAUGGAGACGAAUAUGCCUCGGAACUGGGUUUGUCCAGAGAAGUUUUCCAGUGGUGUUCAGGUGACACACUUAAAGGUAAGCUUUAUGGUGCUUUAUAUAUUUCAAUACUUCUUAAGUAUUAAUAUUUCACAGUGGUAAUGA